AUGGGUCUUUGCCAAUCUACCUAAUCUACUCUUAAACUCCCUCGUACAACUGCCUAAAAACACAUACAGAUCAAUUUUGAUAAGAUUAAGCAAUACGAAAUCCAAUACACUAAAUAAGAAAGAUUUCAAAAAAAACAAUCUACUGAAGGAUUCUCACCUUUAAAUAAUGUGGAUAAAUGA